UAGAAAUGUUUAAAGCGGUCGCAUACUCGAGCGUCUGUUGAUUAUCGUGUUCAUUGAACGUCGAAAAAAGUCUGUUCGCAGCAACUGUAACAUUAACGCGUCACUUUGGACUUCAGACUAGUCUAAAUGUCUGUGUUGUAGAACGAGCACGCUAGCUUUGUUUUUAGCCAUGGUGCGUUCAAGUAACCGCGGGCAUCCAACUUUUCCCAAAAAUGAGAAAUAACGUGUUUUCAACAUGGCGUUGGCCGGAGUACGUGUGGUUGAGCUGGCGGGCCUUGCUCCAGCACCCUUCUGCGGAAUGAUCCUGGCCGACUUUGGCGCUAAGGUGAUCCGUGUAGACCGCACGAAAGCCGGCGCCUCGAUGGACACGCAGGCUCGCGGCAAACGCUCAGUGGCCAUCAACCUGAAGACCUCAGAGGGCGUCGCCCUGCUCCGUAAACUUUGCGUCCAGUCAGAUGUCAUCCUAGAGCCCUAUCGCAAAGGUGUGAUGGAGAAACUCGGUCUUGGUCCAGAGGAGUUGCUAAAGGAAAAUCCCGGUCUGGUCUACGCACGCCUUACGGGGUACGGACAAAGUGGAAUGUACGCCAAGGCGGCUGGCCAUGACAUCAACUACCUGGCCAUGUCAGGACUUUUAUCCCGCCUGGGUCGUAGCGGAGAGAAGCCGUACGCGCCGCUGAAUCUCUUAGCUGACUUUGCAGGAGGCGGGCUCACCUGCGCUCUUGGCGUCGUCAUGGCCUUGCUUGAGCAAACAAGGUCGGGGAAAGGGCAGAUCAUUGACGCAAGCAUGGUGGAAGGCGCUGCCUACGUUGGCUCGUUCGUGUGGAAAUCCCGCAGCCUCGGCAUGUGGGAUCGCCCUCGCGGGGAGAACAUGUUAGACGCCGGCGCGCCUUUCUACGACACGUACCGUACGGCCGACGACAAAUAUGUGGCAGUGGGCGCCAUUGAGCCGCAGUUUUACAGGCAACUGCUUCGAGGCUUGGAAUUAGAUGAGGAGCAGUUACCUCCACAGAUGAGUUUCUCAGACUGGCCAGACCUCCGGCGAAUCUUCUCUGAGCGUUUCGCUUCCAAGACUCAAGCGGAAUGGUCGCAAAUUUUCGACGGGACGGAUGCCUGCGUGACGCCCGUGUUGUCGUUUGACCAGGUGAGCUCACACCCGCACAACAGUGAGAGGGCUUCCUUCGUGAAGGACUCUAGCGGUGAGGAAAGCCCCAGACCGGCCCCCCUCCUCUCCCGGACCCCCGCCGAGGCUUCCGUGGACCCUGGCCCGCUUAUCGGAGAACACACCGUCGAAGUACUCAAGGAGUACGGGUACGAAACCUCGGAAAUUGACAAAAUGCUCUCUGCUGGUGUUGUGGAGUGCAAUGGUGUCAGGGCUAAAUUGUAACGGGUAGCUUUUAUUUUAUCGGCUUAAGGGGGAGUCAGUAAAUUGAAAGUCUGGUCUCAUAAUGAGGCGUAAGCGUAAUAAUUAGUCUGUUAAUUAAUUUUGAAGGGAAGUACUUCGAGGCAAUGCACUACUUUUUUGUGACUAGCAAUUUGCUGUUCAAAAAAGGAAAAAGAUACGGGAAAAAAGGAAUAAAGUUGUCAUUUGAAACUGAGUAUAAAAGCGAAAUCACAUCACAAGGGUAACGUUGAUUUGGAGGAAAAAAUUGUUUACUGUCCUAAGUGCCAAAAAUGAUAGCUGUACAUUUAUAAAAAAAAAAAAAAAAAUCAGGAAUUUCAGAAAAUAAUAACAGAAGAAUAAACUUGAAUUACAACA